AGCAAAUAUGAAACAUCUCAACUUAUCCUUUGCAGCCUCUGGCUUUCUGGGGAUCUACCACUUGGGGGCAGCAUAUGCUCUUUGCAGACAUGAAAUGUACAACUAUUACCUACCAACUUGCUGAAGAUACUAGAAAACUCUACUUUGGAGCACUAACACCUGGUUAUGAUCUCAUGACAAAACUUAGGGGCUACAUUGAUUCAAUCCUCCCCCCUAAUGCCCACGAGAUAGCAGAAAACCGCCUCUUUAUAUCAGUCACUAGUACUAAGAAUGGAAAAAAUUAUUUGCUUUCACAUUUUGCCUCCAGAGAAGAUCUUGUUAAGGCUUUGUUAGCCAGCAGUUUUAUUCCUCUUUAUGCAGGAAUAAAUGCAGUGGAUUAUAAAGGACAGAAAUGGAUCGAUGGUGGCUUAACCAAUGGCCUCCCUAUCUUGCCAAAAGGCCGGACUGUGACUGUUUCUCCUUUUUGUGGGCGACUAGACAUUUGCCCAGAAAACAGAGGACGAGUGGAUAUUUAUGCUAAAGUUGCAAAGCAAGACAUCAUGUUAUCCAUUGGCAACCUUAUAAGACUUCAUCAAGCUCUAUUUCCACCAAGCCAGGAGAAAAUGGAAUCGCUAUAUCAAGAUGGAUAUGAUGAUACCAUCCAGUUUUUAUUGAAGGAAAAUUGGUUUGAGUAGAUUAUGCAUGAUGAAAAUAAAUAAAUUGAUGGCUUGUCAAUGCAAAUCUUUGAGCAUGCCAUACAAAGCCCAAAGGGCUGAUGUCACCAUUUAUGUUUAUCUAAAAAAAAUGUCACUGGGAUUUCAUCUGUUGAUGCCAGUCAGGUGUGUUAUAUGUCAUUGUGCUGGUCUGAAUUUGUAGAGGGUUACAAAUGCAAUGGAAUUGUAUUUGGUAUAGAAGAUAAGCUGCUUCUUAGAAAAGAUUAAGAGAAAUCAAAACUUUCAUUGCUUUAUUUUUGUUCUGAUUUC